AUGCUCUUCAUUGUGACACUUCUCCUUCCAUUAGUGCGCCUCUGCAACUGCAAAAGUCAUUCGACGGAUGUGCCUGGAAAACUCGAGUUGGAAUUAGCUUAUGCGAACCCAGGACACUACUCCAGCUUGGGUUGGUGCGACGUAUUCGCACGCACAUGCGAUGUCUACUUUGUCAUUUGCAUAUGGAGUGCAGAUCAGAGCCCUCCUACUGAGUGCAACGUAGCCAAGAAGACAACGCAUGUAAUUGGUUCGCAAUCGAAAAUAAAUGAAAUGAUUGAACUCCCUCUCUUUAAGAGCAUACCAAAAUUAAUCGAAAUGCGCAUUGAAGCUUGGGAUUCGGAUCUGUCUACCUCAGAUGACCUCAUCGCGAAGUUUGUCUCCACCGCGAUGCCAGUUUCCAGUCACGCUGAUUUUCAGGUCAUUGAACUAUCGAAGAAGGAAGAAACAUCUUACAACACAGAAGUGAAGAUCGAGGCAUCGAUUAAACUUACAUGUUCUUCGCAUUAUUAUGGCGAGCAAUGCGAAACGUACUGCAAGCCCGAUUAUCAGUCAUUCUACUGUGGAGAAAAUGGUGAACGCAAAUGUAUUCCAGGUUGGUAUGGAGAACUCUGUCACAAAUUGGAUACGUGCUUUCUGAAGCCCUGUGCACCAUACGCAAGUUGUUCUAAUACGGAUGACGAAGAAGGACGCGUUUGCUAUUGCAACGGCGGCAGUGGUCCAGAGUGCUAUCAAGUGCACGAUCCAUGCAAUCCAUCGCCCUGCCAUAAUGGAGGUGGCUGUACAAAGACUGGGCCGCACCUUGAGCAGUUUCUAUGCGAGUGCGAGGAGCCAUGGUACGGUCCAACUUGCGAUCAGAGGCACUCGGCUUGCGCGUGGGAGAGGAAAGCCCUUGCCAGUGGCACCAACUCCAGCACUGAGGUAUGUCUAAACGGUGGCGUGUGCAAGGACAAUCCCAUCGAGUUCGGCUACAACUGCCUCUGUUCGAGUGGUUGGAAGGGACAGCACUGCGAAGAACCAGACUAUACAGCGGUCAUUGCGGCUGCAAUCGUAACACCGAUUGUUUUGAUCAUGGUGGCCAUUUUCAUUUUACUCGUUUGGAGAACUCGAUGGCGUUCAAAAAUUGGGCGACCAAGUAUAGCUAUUAAGUACGGGGAGCAGCCAAAAAAGUAUGCGGGGAAUACCGAUGGGACUGAAAGAAUUGAGGCAGUUAGCAACGAAAUUUACGGGGACGCAUCUGCUGACGCUGUCCAUGUUGAAACCUUAUCAGCCGAGGACGAAUAUGCGAUGCUGGAUGAAGCAUCACUACCUCAAGUAGUGCGUAAAUCCUACGAAGGGGCAGUUCGCUACGCUUCACUUCUAUGGGCUAGUCCACCUGACCAAAGUCUGGAAAAAGCUACAGAAGAUAAGGCGAUGAUCCCAUCCCCACCACUUGUACCUCCGAGACCCAAAUAUAAUGAAAUCACGAGGCCCCUGAUUCGGUAA